ACAUCAGUAAAUAAACACUCAGAUUCAGAACAGAAGAAGUUAAUGAAAGUUAGAUCAAACCACCAAAGCCAUUACUGAUUUAUGCAAAGACACUAGUGAAACAGAACUGAAUACUAGAAUUUGAGUGAGGGACAUCUAGUAGUGAAAUGGCAAAUGCUUGGAAAAGAGAUAAACAAUCACAAAUUUUCUCAAACAGAAAUCUUCUAUUGUUUUUUCCGAUCUCACUUUUCCUCAUCUUUUUCUUCUUCUUAUCUUCAUCUAGAACUUCAAAUCCAAACCCUAGUUUCAUAAAUCAGUUCUCCACACAAACCCUUAGUAUAUUUAGUUCUUUCAAUCCAUAUGAUUGUUUAAAAUCACCUCAAUCUUACCCAGUUAUUGCUAAUGUUGUUGAAGGUGUGCGUUACCCAUUUCUAUACUCAAUAGCUGAUCUAGGUUCAUUACCAGAUAAACCACAUAAAAACAUUGUUAGAAUGAUGAAAGGGAAACCCUUUAGGAAACCCGAUAUUUCUGUAACAAUUCAAGAAGUUUUGGAGAAAGUGAAGAGUAAAGAUGAUGGGUAUGUUGUUGAUGUUGGAGCUAAUGUGGGUAUGGCUACUUUUGCUGCCUCUGCUAUGGGUUUUAAAGUUUUAGCAUUUGAACCUGUUUUUGAGAAUUUGCAAAGGAUUUGUGAUGGGAUCUUUUUUAAUAGAGUUGGUGAUAAGGUUACUGUCUUUGAUGCUGCUGCUUCCGAUCUACAUGGAAAUAUUACUUUUCAUAAGUUGGUCGGUCGGCUAGACAACAGUGCUGUUUCUGCUGUUGGUGCAAAGCUGGCAUUCAAGUCGAAUGAAGAAAUUGAACUUCAAGUUAGGUCCCUCCCUUUGAAUGAAGUUAUCCCAGAUUCAAUUCGUGUGCAUUUGAUCAAGAUUGAUGUUCAAGGCUGGGAGUACCACGUAUUGAAAGGAGCAUCGAAGAUAUUAUCUAGAAAGGGUGGUGAAGCACCGUAUCUAAUCUACGAAGAAGAUGAACGAUUGCUUCAGGCCAGUAACAGUAGUGCCAAAGAGAUCCGAGAUUAUUUAAGCAGUAUGGGUUACAAGCAUUGUUCUCAGCAUGGUACAGAUGCCCAUUGCACCAAGGAGAGCUAGAGUUUAGCAUACGUGAUUCUAAUUAAUGCAUUCUCCAUUCACCAAUUUCCAUUCCUGAGAAGUGAAAGAUUGUCAAUGAAGAUGUUGCUCCAGUUGUUGGGUAUCGUCCAUUCUCAGGACAAGAUUUUCUUCGAAAUAGGUGACUGUUGUGUGUGGGAUCUUAAUUCAUCAACUCGGUCAGGUAUGUGAUGCCACCAUUGUAACAUUAAAGUGUGAAUACCUUUGAUUAUUUGGCCAUUUGAAAUUCAAAAGGACUAAUUUUGUAAAUUUAGUCUUUUCUUGAAGAAUGAUAAACAGAAUGGUGGGUCGCUAUCUACAUAUUAGGGUUCAAAAAAGCUACACAUUAGUGUGCAGAAGCUGUUAGGCGAAGUACUUGAGUCUGAUAGAAUGUUGUUUGUAUGCCUUGGUAAUACGAGUCUGGUGAGUGGAUCUACAUGUCAGUUUUUUGGCAAGCUGAUUCUUUGCAUAUUGAUAGUUCUGAUUGUGUAAUCUGCUAUGUGCCUUUCUCGCCUUCUAUAUGCUUAAAUUUGUUGAAAAUUGAAACCUUCUGGUUCUUUGCACUCCAUCCUUUUUGCAGCAACUUGUUUUGACUAAUGAAUUCAAGUAUUCAGUUCGCGAAAAGUGUGACUAGUUUUUAGCUGGAUUUUCUGAAUCUGACUAGGAUCCUAGUAAGAUUCUGGUGACCCCCUCUCAAGAUGUACCACAUGUUAAAACUUUGAUAGUUGUUCUAGAUUUGCCUUUCAAGCUGCAGGGGAUGGUGAUCAGAUGUAAUGUUGAGGAAAAAGUAAAGACAGAAUUCAUUUCUCUUAGUCCACCCAGGGGUUUUGUUAAAGCUGUCGAAAUAGGAACCCAAAAUACUACAUAUCAGCUACAGUUGGAGCUUGUUUCCAUACUACCUAUGGAUUCUGCAACAGCUCACCCUUGCAUGUUUAUGAUCAUAAUCCCCAUGGCAGCUGGUCAUUCAUCCCCAUCACCUCUGAGUUAACACAAGAAGAGACUUAUGAAUCCAUGAAUGGCACUCACAAGUGGUGAAUCACCACAGAAAUUGACAUCUACCACCAAAGUUUUUUGUAGUGUAUAUGGGCACUCUGUCAUGACUGUGUGCACUAGCAAAACUGGCUGUGUUUCUUCUCAUUGACUUUUCAUAAUAAUUGCGCCCAGAGGCGGAUCCAAUAAUUAGCAAUGACAAUUUUUUUUUUCUCGUGGUUGAAACUAUGCGAUUUUGUAAAGAGGCUUUGGAACAGGUUAGCAACCAAGAAUUGCCACUCCCACUUAUCCAUAUUUGACGCCACCAUUUAUUGUACUGUGCUUGGUGCCACACUAUCUGCAGUAUCGACCUCGAGAAACAAGAUCGAAGUAGUCAAACACAUAGGAAAAAGUCAGUUUCCUAACACCGGAUGGUAUUGGUUUCUAUACUCCGAUGAGUCCGAUAUCCUAUAUUACACGGUUUCUCAAUUCUUGUUCAAUUAUAUAACUCUUAAAACUAAAGCUACGCUGAGUAUAACCUACAUAUAG